ACUCAAUCUGCCUUUUGACCAAUUUUCUCGUUUCACCACCGGGACAGGAAGAAAUAAGAAAGAAAAAACCCCCCAAAAAACAGCUCCUGAUCCGGUGCCAUGAAGCACAUUACAGCACUCAGCCUUCCUCCUGACUGGCAAGGUUCCCUUUGGAGACUCCAGAACAGCAAAGUCAUCAAAUUUGCGAAGGGGCAGGGGGAAGCUCAGCUGCCUGGCACACUGUCCCUCCUGCUGAAUGCGCCAGACGAGCACUGGGGCUCCACUUGGCCGCGCGCGCUCCGACGCACAGACGCGAGCAUCUCGCUGUGGCCGCAGUUGGAGGGCGACAGAAGACCACCCGCACGGGGAGGGGAGGACACAGAGGAAGUGCUGUUGGCUUUUAAAAUAUAUAGAGAGAGAUAGAUUACCAGAAACGGGAGCGGACACUUUUGUGGAGGAGGAGGUGGGGGGAUUAUCUUGGAUCCGUUGUGCACAGCGCAGCGCGCACUGCUGCGUCUUUUCUUCUUCUUCUUCUUCUACAAAAAUGGAUUUCACCACAGUGGACGUACCCUGGGACUCGAACUACUGCUGUUAAGUUGCUUUUAGUCGGCACGUUUCAUUCUGACACGUUUUUAAUGUUUCACACGAAGACCAUGGUCCUCCUCGCGGUGCUGUACGUCCUGCUGCCUCUUUUGGAUGUGUUGUGCCGCGCCGAGGAGAGCCUGCGCGCGCGGCUGGACUGCGUGCGCGCCAGCGAGCAGUGCCUGAGGGAGCAGGCGUGCAGCUCCAAGUACCGCACGAUGCGGCAGUGCGCGGCCGGCGGCGGCAAGGAGAGCAACUUCAGCAUGCAGGUGGCGGGACUGGAGGCCCGGGACGAGUGCCGGAGCGCCGUGGACGCGCUCAAGCAGAGUCCGCUGUACAACUGCCGCUGCAAGCGGGGCAUGAAGAAGGAGAAGAACUGCCUGCGCAUCUACUGGGGCAUCUACCAGACGCUGCAAGGUAACGACUUCCUGGAGGAUUCUCCGUACGAACCCGUGAACAGUCGUCUGUCGGACAUCUUCCGCCUGGCUCCCAUCAUAGAGGGUGGAGAACCUCGGAGCGGCUCCGCAACCUCGGCUCCAGGCAGGGGGGGCGGGAGCCCCUCCUCCACGGACCUUCAGGAUCCCAGUAGAAACAGGAGGGCUCAUCCCAAUUGGGCCAUACUGGGCGAGCCUGCGGUGGCCAGAGAGAACAACUGUCUGAACGCGGCCAAGGCGUGCAACCUGAACGACACGUGUAAGAAGUACCGCUCGUCCUACAUCAGCCCGUGCACCAGCCGCGUCUCCACCGCCGAGGUCUGCAACAAGAGGAAGUGUCACAAGGCCCUGCGGCAGUUCUUCGACAAGGUUCCCCCCAAGCACAGCUACGGCAUGUUGUACUGCUCGUGUCCGAUCAGCGACCAGACGGCUUGUUCCGAACGCCGCCGCCAGACCAUCGUCCCCGUCUGCUCGUACGAAGAGAAGCAGAAACCCAACUGUCUGGAGCUGCAGGCCUCCUGCAGGACCAACUACAUCUGCAGGUCACGACUGGCCGACUUCUUCGUCAACUGCCAGUCGGAGCCUCGCUCGCUGUCGGGCUGUCUGAAGGAGAACUACGCCGACUGCCUCCUGUCGUACUCGGGUCUGAUCGGUACGGUGAUGACGCCCAACUACCUGCGCUCGCCCAAGAUCAGCGUGUCUCCGUACUGCGACUGCAGCAGCAGCGGCAACAACAAGGACGAGUGCGACAAGUUCACCGAGUUCUUCACCGAGAACACCUGCCUCCGGAACGCCAUCCAGGCCUUUGGGAACGGGACGGACGUGGGAGUGUGGCAGCCGAUGUCCCCCGUCCAGACCACCGCCUCCACCACCACCCACUACCAGAAGAACCGCGAACGCAACCCCAACACCAUCGACAACCGCAUCAACACGGACCCGGGCAUCUACCACUUCUGUGGCAGCCUGCAGGCUCAGAAGUUGAAGUCCAACUCGUCUGUCGACGGCGUCUUCUGUGUGGACCCUCAGAUCGACGGUCCCAGUACAUCCAACGCCAUCCUGAGAGACUCGGCCGUCUCCCGGCGGCCUGCGGGCCUGGCCUCGCUGCUGCCCCCGCUGCUCUGGCUGUGGUACUGCAGCCUCUCCUCCUCCUCGCCGGGCGACUUGUAGCCCACGAGCUACAACGGACUGACAAACACACAUUUGUAUAAAAAGAAAUGAAAUGCUUUUCUUCUCAGUAAAACCUGUUGUACUUUUA